ACGUCAGAUCACCUUUUCUCCCUUCAUAAACGUCAUAAACCUCCUCCAAGAUGGCCGAACGCGAUCUCCAAGAAGUGCUCCCAAAGUUAAAAUCCUCUCACAGCUAUCAAGAAUCCCUCUCCCUCCUCUCCAAAGCCAAGAUCGCUCUCCUCAAGCUUAACGCCCUAACACCCCAGCCCACCACCCCUUCCUCCAUCCUCCUCGCCGCGCGCGAAGUCUUCGAAGCCGGUGCUCUGCUGUCCAUCCGUGCUAAAGAUCCCGAUGCUUUUACCCGCUACGUACACCAGCUGACGCCAUUCUACGAGUUACCCCCGGAGAGGCUGAGCGCGGCGAACAGCGAGAAGAACAAGAUCACGGGGUUAUAUCUGCUGUUACUGUUGACGCAGGGCAAUUACUCUGGAUUCCACACGGAAUUAGAGGGUUUGGAACUUAGACAGAAUGGCGGGUUGGUGGAGGAUGAUAGGUUUUUGGGAUAUCCGAUUAAGCUCGAGAGGUGGUUGAUGGAGGGCAGUUAUGAUCUGGUGUGGAAGGCGAUGGCGAGUCGGGAGGUGCCGAGUGAGGAAUAUGGUGUAUUCAGCGAGAUUUUGACUUCACAAAUCCGCAAUGAGAUCGCCUCGUGCAGCGAAACAGCAUAUCCAUCUCUCCCUAUCUCUUCAACCAAGAAUCUACUCUUCUUGGACAGCGAAGGCGCAGUCGUUUCUUUUGCACAGAGCAGAGGUUGGGCGAUUAAGGAUGGUCGGAUAUAUUUCCCGAACCAAGUCAAGAUGGGCGUUGAUGAAGGCAAUGAGAAGGCGCUUAGCCAAAUGGUCAUUGAAAAUACACUGGGGUAUGCGAGGGAGCUGGAGACUAUUGUUUGAUCGGUUUUACUUUGCUGAUCUCGGAAGACAUCU